AUGGCGUCCCUGAAGAUGUACGCUCUAUGUGUUUUAUCCACUUUGCUCUGCGUUGUUCAGGCCAUAAGUUUGACUGGUUCCAGAACGUUAAUCAUCUAUGAUGACCGAUUGACAGAAUUGGACGACUACUCUCAUUUCUUCAACACCUUAAAGGACCAUUCCUUCGAUCUGCAAUUCAAAGACUUGGCGGACAAGGAAACCAUUUUGGAACUUUAUGACAAGGAAUUCAAGACUUUCGACAAUUUAAUUGUGUUCCCCAUUAAAGGGAAACAUAUCAACAGACAACUUUCCGUUGACCUAUUAUUGAAAUUUUACCAAGAUGGUGGGAAUAUUAUUACAAUUACUUCCCCCAAUGCUGUUCCAGACUCCAUUCGUGUAUUUUUGAAUCAAUUGGGUAUCUAUCCAAGUCCAAAGGGUCAAACUCUAACUGACUAUUUCCAAGACGGUUCUGCAAUUCAAAUAUCAUCUGACAAUUUAUUAAACGAACACAUUCAUUCUGAACAAGACGAAGUCAAUUAUCAAUUCGGUGAAGCCUCGGUGGCACUAUUAGAUAACCGUGAUUUAAUCAUUCCGCUAUUAAGAUCUACCAGAACAUCAUUCGAUGCCGGUAAAUUGAAAGAGGCAUGGGAUACGGGAUCUCAAGGUUAUCUGAUGGCCAGUUUCCAAAAUUUACAAAAUGAUCGUUUAACUUGGGUUGGGUCCUCCGAUUUCUUCCUUAAUGAACAUUCUCAAACCAACGCAAAGUUAAUUAAGAGCAUCAUUGAAUGGACAUUUAACGAAAAGGCUGUGUUAAAGGCAGUAAACGAAUCUCAUCAUAGUGCUCAAGGGAUCUCCUACGACGAUGUCAAAUACAAGGUCAACGAUGACAUUGUUUAUAACAUUGGUAUCUCAGAAUGGAAGAUUGACCAAUGGGUACCAUUUGUUGCUAACGAUGUUCAAUUCGAAUUGAGACAAGUAGAUCCAUAUUAUCGUUUGAAUCUUUCUCUAGUGGAACAAGAUGACGAAAAUGCCACUGUUCAAAUGUAUACUACAGGUGUAUUUAAAUUACCUACGCGUCAUGGUGUCUUCACUUUCUUGACUGAUUAUAAGAGAAGUGGUCUUUCAUUUAUUAAGAACUCUGAUGUGAAGUCUAUUCGUCAUUUAGCUAACGAUGAAUACCCAAGAAGUUGGGAAAUUACUAACGCUUGGGUUUACAUGGCCGCCAUUUCAAUGGUCAUCCUUGCCUGGAUCAUCUUUGUUGUUGCUUUUCUAACUAGCUCUCCAAACAAGAUUGUUACACCAGUAGUGAAGGAAUCAAAGGAGUCAAGGGAACCAAAAAAAGCAAAGGAAGCCAAGGUAUCGAAGAGUGAAAAGAAAUAA